AUGUCAACCAAUGUCGGAGAUGCAGCUCUCAGAGGCGAAGAGGAAUAUAUUCGAGGGCAUAUAUUCGAUGGAGUGGAUUAUGAGAGGCACAUUAUUGGCAAGGGCACCCUUAUCAUGAUCAUUCCUCCCUCGGCCAGUGAGGAGGAGCCAAAAACACACAGGAAUGUGGAAACAGAGAUCAAAAUUCCAGUUCCACCGAGGCACGAGGUCAAGGUACUAGAUGCCCUAGUAAUGAUGACCACGUAG